AUGGCCAAGGACGUUGAAGUUGCAGAGAGAGGCUCUUUCUCAGCCAAGGACUACCAUGACCCACCUCCUGCACCACUCUUCGAUGCAGUGGAGCUCACCAAAUGGUCCUUUUACAGAGCUCUCAUAGCUGAGUUCAUAGCCACUCUUCUUUUCCUCUAUGUCACUGUGCUUACUGUGAUUGGGUACAAGAGCCAGACAGAUCCAGCUGUCAAUGCUGACGCUUGUGGUGGGGUUGGGAUUCUGGGUAUUGCUUGGGCCUUUGGGGGCAUGAUCUUUGUCCUUGUUUACUGCACUGCUGGGAUUUCAGGAGGUCACAUUAACCCUGCAGUGACAUUUGGGCUGUUCUUGGCUCGCAAGGUGUCGCUGGUCAGAGCUGUUUUGUACAUGGUGGCUCAGUCUUUGGGGGCUAUAGCCGGUGUUGCUUUGGUCAAGGCUUUCCAAAAGAGCUACUACACCAAGUAUGGCGGUGGAGCCAAUGAGCUCAGUCAAGGCUACAGCACAGGAGUUGGGUUGGGUGCUGAGAUUAUUGGGGACCUUUGUGCUGGUUUACACUGUGUUCUCUGCUACUGA